AUGGCAGCAGCCUAUCGUGUAGUUGUGAGCAGUGUUAGCUGCUACAACAGUGUGGUGGUGGACCGACGCAGCCAUUCCCAAGCCGUGCACUACUGCUCUGGGCCAUGUGGGGUGCUGUCCCAAGGCCUAGACUGCACUGUUGCACAUCGUGGAACUUGUUCUGAGCUUCUUGUUGCCUCUGAUUCAGUGUACAAUGACUUUAGCAUCUCACCCAUACACUCCCGAAACAUGAUCACACAGCAACUUUCUAAGCAUAGUAAACUUUGUGUUACCAUGGAUACCAUUCAUAAUGGUUGUCUAGAGAGGACAAGCAGCAGUGGCAAUUUGUCUUCAGGGGAGGACAGCCCCACAUGGCGUGGUAAAAAGACCCCCAGUGGUGCAGGAUCUACUGGGAACAUGAGCUGCUCUGUGAGCCUUAAAGACAUUACUGAAGAAGCCAUUAACCUGGCCAGUGGCAAGCUCAAAGAGUUUUCAUUUGACAAGCUGCGCCUGACCUCCUCUAGUCAUGUCACUUUCCGCAAAGGUCGUAAGGUUCGCCCAGACUCUUUUAGUCGUCGGUCCACUGACCUGGACAUCAUCUAUAGCCACAUCAGCUCCAAUCUGACAACAAACACAACAGCUAACAGCAUGACGAAUGGCUUGGCUCCUUCUAAUGAUGAGAACCUUCCACCACUUGUGCUGGGGAAAGGAAUGGGAAUGGAAGAAGCAAAACUAAAGGGCAGCUCAGGCAUGCUCUCAGCCAACAACAAAGCGGGUAGUGGCUCAACAAGCACCCUUUCAAGUAUGGGGUCACUGAACCAGAGUCUGAACACGGUGGCCUCCUUGUACUGCAGCACCCUUGGAGAGGAGAACCUAAUAGCCCGAUUGCUGGAGAAGACACGAGCAGAAGCAGCCACUGGAGGAACAGGGGGGGAGGACAUUCGUGCAUGUCUUGACAUUCUGCUUAAAUGUUCUGAAGACCUAAAGAAAUGCACUGACAUCAUCAAACAGUGCAUCAAACGCAAAGCUGGUGGCAAUCCAGAGGAUGGAGGAGCAAGUCCUGACAAUGUUUAUCGUGCUGUCAUGACCCGACUUAGCUCUUACCUGAAGAGACUGCCACUGGAACUAGAAGGGAGUGGAAGUUUGGGAGGCAGUGGACUGGGAGGUCAGGGAGCACCUGGAAGCAGACACAGUGAUUUGGCUGAACUGGUAAACACCCUUCACUCAAUCCAGCAAGGACCUUUUUCUCCGAUUUUUGGUAGUGAACAACCUCCUCGCUAUGAAGAUGUGGUGCAGUCACCUCCAGUUCCAAAGACCAUUUCACAAUCUUCUACUCCUUCUUUGUCUUUAUCUUCAUCUGUGUGUUCUAAAUCAGAUUUCAUCUACACCAAACUAAUCCAGAGUUCAGCUCAGUUUAAAGGUCCUCCACUCACAAAUGGACUACAGCCUUCACAUGCAUCUUCUCUCACUCAACAUACUCUUUCUCCACCAUCAGUCACAUGUUCUUCUAGUAGUUCUUCUCCUACACACUCCCCAUCCUCGCUUCGAAACUCACCAAGCCCACCUGACACACACAAUCCCCCAGCAUCCCCCAUGGAGGCUCUUUAUAUUGAGGAAGAGGCAGAUAUGGAAAAGACACCAUAUCAUGUCUUGCUGCAAACACACUCUCCACCUAGAGGGGUGAACACUACAUCUAACAAUGAUGAGACUAUGGUGGAGCAACACCUGCACUUGUCACAGUCUAAUACAUGCCACAAUUCUUCAAAUAAUUUGCCAGCCAGCUCUGACUACAUUUCCUCUUGGGCUCAAACUGCCUCACUAACUGUCUUAACACCUAAAGCUAUAUCACGCAGGAACGAUGACAUUGAUAAACUGCUAAUUGACUUGGAGAAUCUGUCUCAGAGCAUGAGCCACCCCAGAAUCACAGAACUUCCUCUUCCAGUUAAAACCAGGAAGCGAGUGGGAGGCCAAGGGACUAACAUCAAUGAGUCUUUAACUCACCUCAAAAUGACACCGUUUCAUAUUAAAAAUCCAUCCAACCACCAAAGCGUUAAUGGCCUUAGCUCCAACACGCCCCUGAGUAUUCCUCCUUCCCAAGGACAGAACAGUGAGCAUGAAGGGGCUGGAGAUGAAGAAGAUGGGGCACUUUUGUUAAGAAUUCUUGAAAGCAUCGAGAGUUUUGCCCAAGAGCUGGUGGAUUCUGGGCCAGGGAGUACUGGAAGUGCUGAGAGGAAAUGCGGAAAGGAGCGGGAGGUGAUGAGAUUAUUGCAGGAUACACUGACCACUGCUGGUAGGGCUGAAACUCCUGAGAGUACAAACUCACCAGCUGUUUCUACUGUUCCCUUUAAAUACACAGACAUAGACCCGGCUGCAAAGACAAAAUACACAGAGGAAAACACACCUGUGGUUUCACUUACAACAACAUCAAUACCUGCAGUACCUGGACCUGACUCUAAUGUUGCAAUAGAAUCUGCACUUAAACCUACACUAGAUGCCUCUCCUGAUCUUCUUUCUUUGCCUAAACCAGUGCUAGAUAAUGUUACAGAAGCUUCUGCAGGUGAAUCUGUCCCUGAAGCAUCUGUACCUACAAGUUUCCUGGAAUCAACACAUUUGGAUGGACCUUCAUCUGUGGUCUCACCUGAAGCCCCGGCUUCUGUUGGUAUUCGAGCUGCAGAAACCACAAAAGAUAAUGCUAUUACUGUUGAUGAACCUGCUACUAUGGAAUAUGGUGGCACAACCCUUCUCAUCCAGCAGACUCCAGAGGUGAUCAGGGUCCAGUCCAAACCAGAAAAGAAACCUGGAACACCCCCACCAUUGCCAACCACAACUACUCCAGCCCACACACAGCUUUUACCAAGUCCUCCUCCAUCUCCAGUGAUAGUCACCCCCACUCCUCCUGCCAUUAACAUUCCCAGGUUCUACUACCCCUGUGGGCUCCCUACCCUGGUUCCAGGUACUGCCAGCGCUGAUGCAGUCAUUGCUGCCAUCGAAAUGGCUUUCACCGAAUUUGAGGAGGAGAAAUCAGACAUUUAUGAAAUGGGAAAGAUCGCCAAGAAUUACGACAUAGGCAACCAUGAGCUCCUUGCCGUCAAGUUGGCCUUGGAGGAGUGGCGACACUGGCUCGAGGAUGUGAAGCCCGACGCCCUGUCUCGUCAGUUCUCACCACCAGAGGACACCGAACAGGAACCAAACAUUCUACCCUCAUCCUGUGUGGUUGGUUCGUUGACCUGGUCCAUUGAAAAGGACAUCUUAGAGGCCCAGAAGACCGAACCUGACCCUGGGACAGGUGUUGCUCGUAUGCUAGCUCUGACUAAGAGACACUUCUGGUGGCCCUCCAUGAACGAAGAUAUAAAGAAUUACGUAGCCGCUUGCCCCACAUGUGCCAGAACGUCCUCAAACAGAAUCAUUGAAAGGCUGUUUUCCGGGGCUGUCACUCGGGGUAAUGCUGUGCAGAAAGAAGGCCGGAUGAGUUAUGCUGAGUUUGUCUGGUUCCUCAUGUCUGAGGAAGACAAGAAGAAUCCCACCAGUAUAGAGUACUGGUUCCGCUGCAUGGAUGUGGAUGGAGAUGGUGUCCUAUCCAUGUAUGAGUUGGAAUAUUUCUAUGAAGAGCAGUGUGAGAGGAUGGAAAGUAUGGGCAUCGAACCUCUGCCCUUCCAGGAUUUGCUCUGCCAGAUGCUUGACCUGGUCAAACCUGAGAGUACAGGUAAAAUAACCCUGAGUGAUCUGAAGCGCUGCCGCAUGGCUCACAUUUUCUUUGACACCUUCUUUAAUCUGGAGAAAUACCUGGACCACGAACAAAGAGAUCCAUUUGCCAUUCAAAAGGACAUUGACAGUGAAAGUCCUGAGCCGUCUGACUGGGAUAAAUACGCCUCCGAGGAGUAUGAGAUACUGGUGGCCGAAGAGACGGCAAACGACCAGCUACAUGAAGGGACGUUUGAUGAUGACUAUGAAGCAGAGGAGCUUCAGGUCCCUGGAGAGAUCAGUAAUCAAAUGGAAAAACUGGUCAUAUCAAAAUUGACAGCGUAAAAACUUGUGACUCGUGCUGGGCUUCUCCUCCAGAACCACACACAGAUAGAAGGCUGUCUGGACUUCUACAUCCAAGAACACACAACACACACAAACUGACACACACAAUGUCUCAGUUUGUGUGUGUGGGGAGGCGGAACAAAUGUCACAGCCUCCAGAUCCUUCAGAGAACAAAGCCCGUGAUGGAGGGGGAAGAUUUGAUAGGCCUUUAAUAGAAGGACACACACUUGACAGUAAAAUCAGGUGUUUUUAUAAAUUCUGUAUCCUGCCAUAAGACAAUCUUUUUGUUUUGUUUUUAACUGUUGCUUUGCCAAAGGUCAACUCCACACAGACACUUCUUAGCUGAAAAGCUGAGAGCUUUGAAGAUAAUAAAGCUCCUGAGGAUCAGCUCACAGAUUAAUGUGGUGACGAGUGUCGAGGAGCAGCACCUCCUCUCUGUGGCUGCUGGGAGCGACUGCAGGACAUCUGGAGCUGCUCCUGCACGAUUGUG